UGUACGAAUUGACUAAAAAUCUUCAAAACAUCUGCCGCAGUCUUUAUUACUGUUUCUGAUUCGAAGCCAACGAUGGUUUGUGGAGGUUUUGUCUGCUCCAAGUCCUCCCUUACGGUCCUCAAUGUAUUGUACAUAUUAGUUGCUUUCAUCCUGAUUGGAGUUGCUGCUUAUGCUAGAGUUGUUGCUGUUGUAACUAGCCUUGCCUUGGUAGGAGGAGUAAUUGCCUGUGGUGUUUUCCUAUUUCUGACAGCCUUAAUAGGAGUAAUUGGAGCAUGUAAACAUCAUCAAGUCCUCUUAUUCUUUUACAUGAUAAUUCUGUUCCUUGUUUUCUUGAUCCAAUUUUCUCUUGCCUGUGCCUGCCUGGCUGUCAAUCAGGAACAGCGAGAACAGCUGGCUUUGACAGGCUGGCGCUAUUCCAGCAACCAGUCUCGCAUCAAGUUACAAAUUAGCUCACAAUGCUGUGGCUUUCGAAGUGAAAAUGAUGCUGAGGAACACCCUUCCUGUGCCAAUGUAAGAGUUAUCAUUUCAUUAAAUAUAGAAAAACUAACUUUCAUAAACUUUCUUAUGCACACUUUUUCCAAAGAAAGUUCAGAUUUAUAGUUUUUAGCUCACCUGAGCUGAAUUCUCAAGUGAGCUUUUCUGGUCACCUGCUGUCCAUAGUCCAUUCGUCUGUCUGUAAACUUUUUACAUUUUCA